AUGGUGUCUCAUCUCUUUUUUGCGGAUGAUAGUAUCCUAUUCGCAAAAGCUUCCGUACAAGAAUGCUCUGUGGUGGCUGAUAUAAUCUAUAAAUACGAGAGAGCAUCUGGACAGAAAGUGAAUCUUAGUAAAACGGAGGUAGUCUUUAGUAGAAAUGUGGAAAGUGAUCGGCGUAAUGCUAUAGUCAACGUGCUUGGUGUGAAAGAGGUAGAUAGACAGGAGAAAUAUUUGGGGUUACCUACGGUGAUUGGUAGGUCAAAAAAAGUGACCUUUGCGUGCAUCAAAGAGCGUAUAUGGAAGAAGUUGCAAGGUUGGAAAGAGAAGUUGCUAUCUAGGCCCGGAAAAGAGAUUCUAAUUAAAUCAGUGGCCCAAGCUAUACCGACUUAUAUGAUGAGUGUUUUCUGCUUACCGAGUGGGUUACUUGAUGAAAUUCAUUCCCUCAUUGCACGAUUUUGGUGGGGUUCGAACGGGGGAGAGAAGAAAAUGCAUUGGCAUAGUUGGGAGUCUAUGUGCCUUCCUAAGUCCAUGGGGGGUCUUGGCUUCCGCGAUUUGCACUGUUUCAACCAAGAUUCAUUAGCCAAGCAGGCGUGGCGUUUGUGCCAAAGCCACUCUACUCACCUUGCGCGGGUUUUACAAGCUAGGUAUUAUAAAAAUACUGACUUCCUAGAUGCAAGAAGGGGAUAUAAUCCUAGCUUUACACGGCGUAGUAUAUGGGGAGCUAAGUCUUUGUUGCUAGAAGGCUUGAAGUGGUGUGUGGGUUCGGGUUCGAGAAUAAGAGUUUGGGAUGAUGCUUGGAUUCUUGGGAAUGGAUCUCACUGUGUGCCUACGCCUAGCCAUGAUAGUAAUAGAGAUUUGCGGGUCUGUGAUUUAAUUGGUGCGUCAAGAGGGGGGUGGAAUGUGGAGCUGAUUCAACAAGUGUUCGUGGAGGAGGAAUGGAGCUCGAUACUUGGUAUACCAUUAUCUCGAUCGUGGCCCGAGGACCAUCUAUAUAUACUGGUGGCCGACCCGCAAUGGGGUAUUUUCUGUGAGCUCCUGUUACUGGCUGGGCCGCUUGGGACACUCCCGCACAUGGCGUUUACAGCAUGGGGAAGGCGUCACAAGGCUGUGGCGAAAUGUAUGGCGCCUUGGUGGCCCUCCGAAGCUGUCUCACUUCAUAUGGAGAGCAUCUUCGCUAAAGCUAUAUGGCAGGUGAGCCCCUUUGUUACACUCUUGAAUACUGCCCCUAUUGUGUCUUUUGCGGAUUUAUUUGAGUGGUUUGUGGAGCAUCUCUCUUACGAUGAAUUGCGGAUCUUCUGUUCUCUUACGUGGGCUGCUUGGUAUUGCCGCAAUAAAUUUAUUUUUGAGCAACAAAGUGUGGAUGUGCAGGUAAUGGCCUGUCAUUUUGUGAAGCUCACUCAUGAUUACGGUUUGUAUGCGAAGAAGGUAUUUAUGGCUUCAAAUAGGGUGUGUACAGCUGCUGCGAAAUGGAACAAGCCCCCGGUAGGUCUGCUGAAGGCUAAUUUUGAUGCUCAUAUGGGGCCAAAUGGUGAAGUUGGGUUGGGUGUUGUUGUGCGGGAUUCGAAUGGUAAGAUGGUGCUUGGUGGGGUGCGUCGCAGAGCUGCCAACUGGGACGUGUCUACUGCAGAGGCGAUGGCUGGGUUGUUCGCGGUGGAGUUGGUGCACCGGUUUGGAUAUACGAGAGUAGUGAUGGAAGGUGAUUCGCUGGUGGUGAUUAGUGGUUUGAAGAACAAGCCAGUAGGGGGCUCUCCUAUUUUCCAUGUUUUUAACGAUAUAAGUCGAGUGUGUUUGAACUUUUCUGAAAUUUCCUUUUCUCAUGUUAAACGAGCGGGUAACGUUGUUGCCCACCUGUUAGCUCGUUGGGAGUGUGUAGCUAAUUCUGAGGUUGUAUGGCUUGACUUUUUUCCCCAAAGUAUUUCUACUUUGGCGGAGCUCGAUUUAUUAUGA